UCACACAACAUUUACUCAGCAGGCACAUCCUUAUCCACCUUUUUCACGCCUAUAUUCCUCAGGAAUGGCACGUCAAGCAGUCAAGCUGUUUUUUUUUGUGUUGGUGAUUUUAUUCAGUAUUGUUCUUUUCAUAAUGUCUCAGGGACAUUUACCAAGUAACAUCAGAUAUAGAUGGAUAGCCAUGUCGACAGCAAAACAUUUCAAACGACUGGGCAGCUUUUAUAAAAAUGAAAGAUUGUGGCAAAAUGAAGGAAAUGUGACCUUAUUGAAUGCUACGAGAGAUUCACUGACAAUGUUAGAGAUGGAUCAAAUGAAUAAAUCUCGUUCUGAAUAUCCCAUUCCAAUAAUAUACAAAAGAUACUUCAAGAAGCUUCCUCAGUGGACUUUUGAGGAUAUUUAUAACUUGGAUGCUCCUCCAAGAUCUACGAAAUGUGCCCAGUCUCUGCGCAACUCCAAGGACGAGGACUUUCAGAAAGCUUUCCUUCCCAACAUUCGCAUGUUUCUGCAUAAAGAUAACAUCAACAUGAGAGAGUGGAACCGGCUCUCACAUUUCAACAAUCCUUUUGGCUUUAUGGAUAUGGCGUAUGAAGAUGUAAUGCCAGUGUUGAAGCUGAUCUCAAAGCCCAAAGAACCGCUGCUCCGCCCAAAACCAGGCGGGGACGGCUGCAUUCACUGUGCUGUGGUGGGAACAGCAGGCAUCCUGAACGGCUCCAAGAUGGGCGCUGAGAUUGAUGCUCACGACUAUGUCUUUAGGAUGAACGGCGCGGUGAUCGAAGGCUACGAGGAAGACGUGGGGAACAGAACAUCGGUGUAUGUUCACACAUCUUUCUCCAUCUCUUCGUCCCUUUAUAUAUUCAAAAAGUACGGAUACAAAUCGGCUCCACAUGAUGAGGGUAUAAAGUACGUCAUGAUUCCUGAGGGGAUGAGGGAUUACAAGUGGCUCAAGGCUCUGAUCAGAGAAGACAAGGAGUCUGGAAAGAACAGCCCCAGAACUUACUAUUCAGGCCAGUACAAUGAGAGCCGGUUUUAUGUUCUGCACCAGGAUUUCCUGCGAUACGUACGAAACAGGUUUUUAAAAUCAAACAAUCUUAAUCGAGGAUACUGGGCAAUCGUUCGUCCAACCAACGGGGCGUUCGCUGUCUUUACAGCUCUGCACGCUUGUGACACUGUGAGUGCCUACGGAUUCAUCACAGAAGACUACAAAAAAUACUCCUGCUACUACGCUGAGAGGCACCUGAAAACCAACGUGAUUUUCUACAGCAACCACGACUACAUCAUGGAGAAGAAUUUAUGGAAGAGGCUUCACGACAAAAAGAUAAUGAAGCUUUACCAAAGAACUUGAUCACAAGAUGGGAUCGACAAGAUCCCACAAGAUGGGAUCUGUUCUGAAACUCUGAGGAUGAUUUUAAAAACAAAAUAUAUGGAGAGUGUAGUUACUCUGGUUUGUGUCAUGCUUUUGCGAUGGCUUAAAUAAAUGUGAAAUGUAUAGACCAGUGAAGAUUUUUGGUAUAAAUGUUGCAUUUGAUAUUAAGAAAUGUAAUAAACAUUGUGUGACUGAAGGAAAUUAA